AUGCAAGGCACCGUCUUCAGUGACCAAGCCUACAUCAACAGAUGCGUAGACGUUGAAGCUGCUCUAGCCCGAGCUCAAGCCCAAUGCAGUGUCAUUCCCGCCGAUGCCGCCGCCGACAUCACCUCCAAAGCCAAUGCUGCCAGCCUCGACAUGGAUCGGCUGCGCAACGAAACUGAUGUCGUCGGCUAUCCCAUUCUUCCUCUUGUGCGGCAGCUGAACGACAUGUGCGGCUCUGCUGGAAAGUACCUACACUGGGGCGCUACAACACAGGAUAUCAUGGAUACAGCGAGUGUCUUGCAGAUCAAGUCUGGACUUGAGAUCGUUGAGACCAAGUUGACUGGCGUGAUAAAUGCCCUUCAAGAUCUUGCGGUUACGUAUCGGGAUACACCCAUGGCUGGAAGGACGCAUCUCCAACAUGCCCUCCCCGUUACCUUUGGCUACAAAUGUGCUGUGUGGCUAUCAAGCUUAUACCGUCAUAGGGAGCGGCUUCAGCAGCUGAAGAGUCGUGCUCUUGUCGUUCAGUAUGGAGGUGCAGCUGGGACUCUGGCCUCUCUCGGAGAUGGCCCGGAGGGCGUCAACGUGCGAAAACAGCUCGCAGCUGAACUUGGCCUGGAGAACCCAUCUAUUACCUGGCAUGUUGCCCGAGAUGGUAUCGCUGAAGUGACCAACCUCCUAGCCCUAAUCGGUGGUUCACUCGGCAAAAUCGCCUUGGACCUAAUCAUCAUGUCCUCCAAUGAGCUCGGCGAAGUCGCUGAACCCUUCGUCCCCCACCGCGGUGCUUCAUCCACAAUGCCCCAAAAGCGCAAUCCCAUCUCCAGCGAAGUCAUCCUCGCCGCCUCCAAAAUCCUUCGCUCCAACGCUAGUCUCGUUCUCGACGCCAUGGUAUCCGACUUUGAACGUGCAUCAGGACCUUGGCAUCUAGAAUGGGUAGCCAUACCCGAGAGCUUCGUCAUAGCAGUCGGUGCUCUGCACCAAGCUGAGUUUGCGCUUGCUGGUCUUGUGGUGGAUAAGGAGCGCAUGGCGGCUAAUCUCGCUUCUACGAGGGGCCUUAUUGUUGGCGAGGCGCUGAUGAUGGCGUUGGCGAAGUUUGUGGGGAGGCAGGAUGCGCAUGAUAUUGUGUAUGAGGCUUGUAAGGUGACUAUUGAGAGUAAGGAUGGGGGUACGUUGCUUGAUACGUUGAAAAAGGAUGAGAGGGUGACCGAGCAUCUGCCUUUGGAGGAUCUGGAAAGACUCUGUGAUCCUAUUAAUUAUUUGGGGUCGGCGCAGCGCAUGGUUGACGAUACCUUGGCUGAGAAUGCAUCGUAA